UAUCUUCCAACUCAACCGCCGCUUCCUGGCCGGCCCAGGCAGCCGCCUCAGGCCCCGCUCCUCAAAGAUCCGCUAUCCGCCUAUUAUUACUCCCUCUCCCCGACGGAAGAAGCCCCAGCCCGGCUCCAGGAGAGAGGAGCUGCCGCCGACAUGAGUGAAUGAAGCGGCUGAACCCCGCAGAACCUCCGCUGAAGUCCCGGGACUCGCUGCUCGUGUGAGGCCGGAGCGAGGAGCAGCCUGAGGCGCAGCGACCGUGGUGAUGGUGUUGGAUUCAGGGGAAGUCUUCAUGGAUCAGGUUGAGGGUGAAAGCGUCGGGGAUCUGUUGGAGCCAGAUGUCCGAGCAGAUCCACCCAAAACCUCGGGCAGCUCCUCCACGAAGCCCAGAGCUCCGGUGAAAAGGAGCACCAAGAGGGAGAAGGUUUCCCACAACGGACUGCCAGCCCAGACGUGCAGCAGCCAGGCGGUGGAGAGGAGGUCGUCGUCUCUGAAAUGUUCGGCUACACCCAGACCGCCGCUGCGCCGCCCCCUCAGCCUGGAGGUGACGCCUCAGCGGCUGCGAGGCUCCCAGGACCUCACGGCCGAGCGGAGGAUCCUGCAGCCUCCGUGGCGCAGCGGUACAGCCGCCCCGUCGCCGCCGGCUCGCAGCCUGACCAGCCCCAGCCUGGGAGCCGGCGGCUGGAUGCGGCGCAGCGAAAGCACCUGCUCCGUCAACUACUCCCUGGGGCUCAGAGGUGGCAGAGGGCAGAUGAGACCCGCCACCUCCCUGCCACACAUAGCUAAAGGUGUCAGCACCUCGUCCCUCCCCACCACGGCCAGGCCCUGUCUGCUCGUCGCCCUCAGACCGCUGAACCUGGAGCAGGAGAAGCAGGCGUUCUUCCAGGCCGACUACAAGUACGAGCCUCAGUUUGAGUACGCUCAGCCGGAACCGAGGAGCGUCCUGGACAAGUACAGGGAGGGAUCAGGCCUCUUCCUGGAGCAGGCCGUUGGGAUCAUGGAGUGCGUCCUGAGGAAGUUUGGCUCCUACGAGAACUUCGAGGAGGUGACCGGUGGCAGCGUUCUGCCUAAAAGUCAGGUGUGGGCGGCUGUUCGUAAAUACCUGCAGAAAGAAGGCUGCGUGGGGGAGGUUGUCGUCCGUCUGUCCGAUGAACUGCUGUCCCAGGCCGUGAUGGUGGUGGAAAGCUGUCGCCCCACUCUGACCAUCAACCUGGCCGGAGCUCGGCAGUACUGGCUGGAGGGGAUGCUGAGGCAUGAGAUUGGCACACAUUACCUGCGAGGUGUGAACAACAACCUGCAGCCGUGGGCCACCACAGACGGCAGGAAGCAGUUCGGCCUGAAACCGGCCAAUCCCACGGAGGAGGGCCUGGCCAGCCUUCACAGCGUGUUGCUACGGAAACAGCCGUACCUGUGGCGCGCCGCUCUGCUGUACUACACGGUGUACCACGCCACCAGCAUGAGCUUCAGCCAGCUCUUCAGCCACAUCGCUCGCUUCGUCCAGGACCCCGACGUCCGCUGGGAGUACUGCCUGAGGGCCAAGAGGGGACAGACGGACACAUCGCAGCCCGGCUGCUUCAGCAAAGAUCAGGUUUAUCUGGACGGGAUCCUCCGGAUUCUUCGGCAUCGAAGGAACAUCGACUUCAAGAUGUUGACUUCUUUAGGAAAGGUGUCUUUCGAAGAUGUGGAGAGGCUGCGACAUCUGGCGGUGCUGCCCAGGACCAGGAUCCCUCACUUCAUGCGCGACCAGCAGCGCUACCUGCAACAUCUGGACCACAUUGUCACCGUCAACGAGCUGGACGACUCGACGCUGGUACACCUGCUGCCCUGAUCCGUCCCCUCGUCCCCUACCCACCACCUGAAGCCAAGAAGAAGAACUGGAGGAAGCCAGACUGUAUCAUGUGGUGCCCCGAUUAUCUCUUAAAAUAUCAGUAUUAUUACUAUUACUGCUUUAUUCGAGCGUUUUGUUUGUUUUUUUUGUAAAACUUGAAUGAUACGAACAAAAAGGGACGUACACACUAACACCUCUAUCUACAUUUUCACUUUUGUGCGAUGCAUGUUUAUGUGGCUUUUCCACAGAGCCGAGUACGGUUCACGUGCGCCCCCCCUCCCUCGCCUUUAAUCCCACUAUGAAGUUACCUCAAUACUGCAACUCUGCAAUGUAACCAACAUUAUAUAUGUAGACUCAUGCAUAAUCACAGAUUCAUAAUCACUUGCUUACUUUAUGCAAUUAUUUAAGUUUUUUUACUUUAACAGAACAGACUGAAUGUCUCUGGUUUUAGCUUUAUAUCCUGGUUUUUUUUUUGUUUUUUUUUUAUUUACAAGACGUUGAUUUAUGCCUUAGAUUGUUUGCAUUUUAAGAAGGACACCAAGGACACGACAUUUCCAAACCUCCAGGGAAUCGGCAGCUGAGGCCAUGAAUCUUUAAAAUACCAAGUGCCAGCGGACUCAGCCGAGUGUUUAGGUUUUCCCCGGGGGAGGAUUUCAAAUAUCAGUGUUAUUGGGAAGAUAAUCAGCUGUGUUGUCUUAACUGUGUCCUUGGUGGCCUUUGAGUAUUGAUAUGCUACUGUGAUGUGACCCGAGCGCCCCCCGCUGCGCAGCAACCAAACGUUCCUUUAAAGGAGCCGUGCUACAUUUUGGGAAAAGAAGAUGAUCGUUUAUUAGCCUCCUUGCAGAGUUGGAUUUGUAUCGAUUAUAAUGUCUGUUUUGAUCAAUAUGUAGCUGAAGAAAAGACUAGAAAAGUGGGAAAUGACAAACCGGACUGUGCCUGAACUGUAAAAAGAGAUUCAGAAAGUGCCCCUUUACUUUUUCUGAUUUAUUGGGUUGUAGAUUGAAAUGUUUAAAAUCUACCCUCAAAGUACAAGAACAACAGUAUUAUGUAGUAUUAGCUCGCUAGCUGUGUUGCUAUCAACAUAUUUUGGAAAAGGUCAAAGGAAAUGGCAAAAAACUGCCUCAAUUUCAGUUGCUAUGCUCACUUAAAGUGUUUUUUUCACCUUUUCUAACAGUUAUUGUGAACCAUUGGUGACAGAAACACAUUUUCUGAACAAAUUCUGACGUAGCAAACUUUUUACUCAUCCGUUGUCUUCACCUCUAGAAAGCAUGAAAUAUGCCAAUACCAGCUCACGUCAAAGAAUAAUGACAACUUUUCAUGUCAAAAACAAUUCCCGAAGACUUUUUUUCCCAUUUUUCUUACCUAGAUAGCCAAAGAUUUAUUCUUCUAUACUGUUAAAGGUUAGAUCAGUUGCCAAAUGCGUGGUUUUGUUCUUCCUACUUCUACUCAUGUAGCCUCUACUGCCACCUACUGACGACACCACGCGGCCUAGUUUAUUUGCUCCAAAACUAGCCUAAUUCAUGCUAUAUUUUGUGUCGUUUUUUUGCAAGUAAAUCAAACAAACUAAACUUUUCAUAGUUAACUCAGAAUGUACUGAACCCACUCCUGGAUGCUAGCAAAGUCUCAGCUAACGUUAGCGUCUCUAUCAUGCUCUUUACUGCCGGUGUUGUGAGCUAGCAUUCUUUAUGUAAAACACACCCUGAAAGCUUUUUCUCUCACAGCGUUAGAAGCUGAAACACCCACACAGCCUUUAUGCUAGAAUAAAAUAGCAGUUAAGUUUUUCUUAUCACGCUAUGCUUACGUCUCUGUAUCUCCAUAUCUUUUCCAUGGAUGAUUAGCUGGUGAGGAAGCUAACUUUUGGUCUGACACAUGUUAGUGUUAGCCUUUUAGCCUGAUAGCAUGUAUGUAGCCAUCAAGUGCUUUAACCUUUUUUGUAAACAUUCUUUGAUUAAAUAGUCAGACUGAAGCAAAUAAGCUGGAGACUGUUUCCAACCAGUUUAUGGAACUUGCCUUAGCUUCACUAGCUAACUACAGCUAGCAACAGUUGUAAUUCUAGCAAAAAUCACAGACGGUCGCCAAACAGAAAUGAGUAGCUGCUUUUUGUGUACGCGUCUGAAAUAUAGUUGCUUCACAAAUUCCAACUUUUGUUUUACUGCUAUCAUUGUCACUUUAAACUACAUUAUGUGCUACAAGCUUAGCAACAGUAGCAUCCUUCUAAAGGAACUUUGUGGUUCUGACAUGGAAAGUUGUGUACAUUAAAUGCUUUAUGUUCAAGUUUUAAGUCAUGAGAAUACCACUGUUAGACAACAGAAGUGUAGAUGGUACCGUGUAAAAGCUACUGAGGCUAAUCAUUCAGCAAACUAGCGACCAGGUAACCUAUUGUGAACCCAAAAUGAUUGAAAUGUACCUAAAGUUGGUGCACUAGGAGUUUAAAUAGGGUCUUUUUUGGUUUAGUCCAAAUUUUGAAUAUUGAAAAUGUUGUAAAUGGAUUCAGCAUCUUCAGUAAUCAUGAAAUACACUUGAAUAUUGUCCAUAUCGGCCAAGUCAUUCUGCUAAUUAAUGCUAACUAAUGCUAAUCUAAACUAAAACCUGUAACAUUUCUUCAGUUACACUACUGGUAAGUUAUUCCCCCACAUAUUUGGUGGAUUUAUGUGUACAAUAAUUCCUCAGCCAAGUGGUACACCCAAACAUAUCCUCCUGUAAAUCAGCUGAAUCUUGUUUCUACAGCUCAGGCUAACCGUUUCCCCCCGUUUACAGUGUUUAAGCUAACCCAAGUGGUUGCAGCUUUGUAUUUAUUAAACUACUAUGAAGUGAUGUCUUAUGUAAAACUCUCCAAUGGCAGACGAGCGUAUUUCCCAAAAUGUCGACCUGCUCCUCUGUUAGGUAAAAGUGCCCUAGUGGCAUCUUAAACUGCUUUUUUGUGAAGCGGCCAGACAUGGAGUCUCUGGCUGAGGAGGCGUCGGUGUUGUGGGCGUGCCUUCGAUGGGUGUUAGCGCUCAUCUGCUGUAGCUAGCUGUGUGUUUGUAGGCUGCUUUUUACUGUGUUUGACACUUAAAACUCCAGAUGUCAGUCAGGGCAUUCAUUUUGGGCCAAGCUGUCCCCGACAGACGGAAAGAAGACGACUGCGGGCUGAACGGCAUCGCAGCGGUAGUCCUAGUUUUUAACUUAAAACACUUGACCAAAAUGUGAACUCUACUCCUGUGAUGCAUUUUGAAUACUUGGAUUUGAAGAUUGACGUGUAAUUGAGAUUUGUUCUGCUGUGUUUACACUUUCAGCCACUCUGUAAGCAGAUAGCAUUUUAAAUUUGAGCAGGUCGUCAUCGUCUGCUGAAGCCACCCAAACGAAUGCACCUAUUUGUAAUGCACGAAUGUUGCACAAGUGUUUUAUGUUCUGGGAAACACCUUGAAUUUCCAGUUUAUUUAUUAAAAUGUACACACACACACACUGAA